AUGAAAAUUUUCACGGUUGUCAUUUUCAGCUCGAUUCGUUUGGAAGUCGAAUCAAGUAGUUUCAAAGAAACUUUCAGAAUGACAACAUUUUUUAUUUUUUGGCUUUUAUUUGGAACGAGUUUCGCUCUUCGUCGCAUCAUUAACGGACAUUAUGCGAAAGAGGGGCAAUUCCCAUUUUUUGCUGAAGUAAUUAAUUUUCAAACAAACGAUCGAAUUGUCACUUGCGGAGGAGCUUUAGUUUCUCCAAGGAAAGUUGUCACUGUUGCUCAUUGUCUCGAAGAAAGUCUUGGAAUUGUGGUUCGUCUCGGUUCAACGAAAAAACAUCAAGGAAACCCUUUCGGCGUUGAAAAACAAGUUCAAUACCCAAACAUGGAUUUUGUGGUUUUAAUUCUUGAUCGUCCAGUUCAAGAUGAAGGAGAAAUAAUUCAAAUUAUGGAACGCCCGGUUAUUCCAGGAGAGAAAUGUACUGCUAUUGGUUUCGGCUUUGAUGGAAAAAAUUAUUCCGAGGACAUGAAAUUUGUUUCUUUAACUAUCGAUGAUCCGAAAGACGUUCAAAAACUUGUAUCUUUUCCCCUAUCGAAGAUGGAAAUUUUUGCUGGCAUGAAAGAUAAUUCUGACGUCUGUUUCGGCGAUUCAGGAGGACCUCUUUUGUGUAACGAAGGCUUAGCUGGCAUCACGUUAGGAAGUUUACUUCGUGAACCGUGCAAUUCUCAAGGGCUUCCUUCAAAAUUUGCCAAUUUACACCAACUACAACAAUGGAUCGACGCAAUACAGGUGUAAAACUUGAACAAAUACAUGCCUUGAUUAAAUUUUAAUGUCACGAAAUUUGUGUUAAACUGUUGUCGCUACCGUACGUUAUAAAUGAAAAAUUCAUGUCUCACAAAUUAAAAUAUCUGCGAGGUAUGAAAAUAAAAAAAAAAACAACAAAAAGAUUGUUCAUUGGGAUAAAAUUUUAGAAUGUGCAUUGGGGAAGUGUUUCAAAAUGUGCAUUGGGACAAAUUUAAAUUUUUGAAAUUUCGAAAAUUUUAUCCUAAUUUACAAU